AUGGCCAUAUCCGCUGGAACCAAGCGGGCGAUAUUCGACGCCCUGUACUAUACCAUACGAUGGGUGAUGCAGUCCAUGAACCCCGUGGAGAAGAAGGAGGUCAAAGAGAAAAGCUUGAAAGCACUAGAGAGGCUGGGUCACAAGAGUUUGACUCUGGACGAUUAUGAGAGGCAGAUAGCCUCCGAAAUUAUACAUCCAGACGAUAUUGACGUGCACUUCUCAGACAUUGGCGGCUUGGACCCUAUAAUUUCCUCAAUGCAAGAGUCUGUCAUUUUCCCAUUACGCUAUCCCGACCUCUUUGCUUCUUUGUCUGUCAUUUUCCCAUUACGCUAUCCCGACCUCUUUGCUUCGUCCUCGUUGCUGGGCGCGCCAAAGGGUGUCCUAUUAUUCGGUCCGCCCGGGUGCGGCAAGACCAUGCUCGCGAAAGCCCUCGCGAAGGAGUCUGACGCGACAUUCAUCAACAUCGCUGCGUCGGUGCUCACGAACAAGUGGUACGGCGAGUCAAACAAGCUCGUCGCCGCCCUGUUUUCUCUCGCGCGGAAAACGCAGCCGAGCAUUGUCUUCAUUGACGAGAUUGACUCGUUCCUGCGGGAGCGGACGAAGGGCGACCAUGAAGUGACGGGGAUGAUGAAGGCGGAAUUCAUGACACUGUGGGAUGGUCUCCUGUCAAGUACAGAUCGUAUCGUCGUUCUCGGCGCCACGAACCGCCCAAAUGAUAUCGACUCGGCCAUUCUGAGGCGAAUGCCCAAGCGUUUCUCGGUCGCUUUGCCCAGCUAUGACCAGCGGCUGAAGAUCCUGUCCUUGAUCCUGCGAGAUACUAGUCUUGACCCGAAGUUCUCGCUCACGGUCCUUGCAGAGCGGACAGAGGGCUUCUCGGGUUCAGACCUGAAGGAGCUCUGUCGAAAUGCCGCGAUGAUCCCAAUGCGCGAACUCAUGCGCCGGGCGGGGAACAGCACAGUAGAGCUCGCGCGGAUACAUGAAGAGGGCAUCGAUCUGCGACCGCUCACUCUGGACGACUUCUUCCAAACAGACGGAACGAGUGCCUUGCCCCCGCCGGAGAACAGCAUAGAGGCGAUCAUGGAGAAACUAGUUGGAUGA